CGCGAUACAUGAUUCGUGUAUUCAGGCUUGAAGGCGUUAUCGAGGGUCUUUUUAAAUCGGUUAGGUUAUAAGGGUAAUAACAUCGAGUCCAAGGCUAGCCGCUUUAGUAUUAUUUUCUCUGUUAACAGCGAAUCACGGUGUGAGAUAGAACAAUCCAGAAUGACCUUAGACUUGUAUUACGCCCCUGGGUCGGCACCAUGCCGAGUGGUCCUGCUCGUAGCAGCAGCCCUCGACGUCCAUUUUAAUCCCCACAUCUUAAACUUAAGAAAUGGCGAACACCUCACACCAGAAUUUUUGAAGCUGAAUCCCCAACACACAGUGCCCACACUAGUCGACGGCGACUUCUCUCUAUGGGAGUCAAGAGCCAUCGGCAAAUACUUGGUGAACAAAUAUGGUGGAGAGAACAACGACUUGUAUCCUAGUGAUCCUAAAGCCAGGGCGAUCGUCGACCAGAGACUAGACUUCGAUUUGGGAACGCUUUACCCAAGAUUUGGAAACUACAUAUAUCCUCAAAUCUUCGGUGGAGCGAAAGCCGAUGAGGCUCUACUCAAGAAGCUGGAGGAAGCUCUGCAGUUCCUCAACACAUUCCUCGAAGGUCAGAAGUACGCUGCGGGUGACAAACUGACCUUGGCAGACCUCAGUCUCGUGGCGACUGUGUCCACUAUAGACGCCGUCGACAUCAGCCUGAAGGAAUAUCCCAACGUUGAAAAGUGGUUCGAGCUGGUGAAAGCGACUGCCCCAGGAUACCAGGAAGCAAAUGAAGCUGGACUUAAAGCAUUCAGAGCUAUGGUAGCGCAGUUAAAAGCUAAAACUGAAUUGUACACUGGUACCCAGCUGAAUCCGGUUACACUGGAAGCCGACCCCGAAAAAAGGCUCGGAAAUGGUGGAAUAAAACUUCUAACUUUUUACGUUUUUGAUCUAUCUAUAUCUAUGUUUUCUCCAAAACAUCGAGGUACCUACAUCAACAGAUUUUUAUUGGCUUUCACUGGGAAAAAGUUGGGUAACUAUAGGAAAAGCUUUGGCCAUUUCAAAAUAUAUUUUUUUAUAACAAUGAGUUCCUUGCGUAAGACACCUGAAAUGGAAACAUAUAUAAAUGGAGAACAAUUCAGAAUGUCCAUAGACUUGUAUUACGCCCCUGGGUCAGCCCCGACCCGUCUGGUCCAGCUGGUAGCAGCAGCCCUCGACGUACAAUUAAAUCCGCAUAUCUUAAACUUAAAAAAUGGCGAACACCUCACACCAGAAUUUUUGAAGCUGAAUCCGCAACACACAGUGCCCACACUAGUCGACGGCGACUUCUCUCUAUGGGAGUCAAGAGCCAUCAUCAGAUACUUGGUAUACAAAUAUGGUGGAGAGAACAACGACUUGUAUCCUAGUGAUCCUAAAGCCAGGGCGAUCGUCGACCAGAGACUAGACUUCGACUUGGGAACGCUUUACACAAGACUUGGAAACUACAUCUAUCCCCAAAUCGGCGGAGCGAAAGCAGAUGAGGGUCUACUCAAGAAGCUGGAGGAAGCUCUUCAGUUCCUCAACACAUUCCUCGAAGGUCAGAAGUACGUUGCGGGUGACAAACUGACCUUGGCAGACCUCAGUCUCGUGGCGACUGUGUCUACUAUAGACGCCGUCGACAUCAGCCUGAAGGAAUAUCCCAAUGUUGAAAAGUGGUUCGAGCUGGUGAAAGCGACUGCCCCAGGAUACCAGGAAGCAAAUGAAGCUGGACUUAAAGCAUUCAGAGCUAUGGUAGCGCAGUUUAAAGCUAAAACUGAAUUGUAAGUGUAGCCGGUGUAGCAGCAUAAUACAAUCUUGUAUUUAGAGGUAUGAAAGUAAAACAGGAGCCGCAUUUACUAGCAGUAGGUAGUUUUAAAACGCGAAUUUUUGUAUGAAACUGUAGUAGAAUAAAAAUACAUAUUUAUACUUAAAGCAAA